UUAAUCAUUAAAAGCCCUAUAAAUUAAUUAAAUUUAUUUUGACGAUUAUUAUUAUUAUUGUUAAUUAUAUAAUAACAAUUAUUUUAAUAAAUAAUUCAAUUAACAAUCAAUCAACCUUGCUUAUGUAUUUAUUUAAAUAACUUAAGAUAACUCGUAUUAUACUUAUAUAUUUUAGCCAACAAUAAUGAUAAUACGAUUGGCAAUUAUAUGUUUAGUAUCAUUACUAUUAUUUAAUAUUAAAUUAAGUGAUGCGGCUCCCCGACCAUUUGUCGAACUGGACUUCGAUGGCCAAGACAUGUCCAAAUCGGACAUAAAGAUGCAAAAAGUAGAUCAAGAUUGCGAUGACGACGGUUCGCCACAAAAUUAUGCCGCUCCUGAUGAGUGUGCGGACAUGAAAAUGCCCAAACAGAUCCAGGAGAUACCCCAGGAUACGCUGGUCAAGUUACUCAAACGGGAAAACGAAACCGGAACUACCGAAUAUCUCACAGAAAUCAUACCCACACAGGUGUGCACAGAGAUCAUUAAUAUGGAACCGCUAACCUCCGAAACGAUUGAAACAAUUACGGUUCUCGAUACUGGUGACGACUCCGACUCCCUGACCACUACUCCCCGUAAUGUCAAGCCAAGAUCAAUGAACGAUGACGUCAAUAGUGAUGGUAAUGGCAAUGGCCAGGGUAUGUUCACUUGGGAACCGGAAGUAUCGACUCCGGCGGAAGACGAAGAGUGUGAAGAUGAAGGACCGUACGAUACGCCGCCACACUUAGGCGAACCAGGCUUUCAUCCACCGCAUGAGGUGCAGCCAUACGCUGCUGCCGGCGGACAACUAGGCGAUUGUCUUCCUCAACCCCCACCCGAUUGUGAUUCUCUUCCUCCUCCUCCUCCUCCUUCUCCUCUUCUUCCUCCUCCUCCUCCUUUUGCUCCCCGUUCUCUACAACCAUCGCAAAAGCCACUUAUGAAAUACCCCACUAAAGGGCGUAAGUAUAAGACGGUUACGCGAAAGAGGAUUUGGAUGCAAAGGCGCCGCAAGAUUCGCCGAAAAAUCAAUCGACCGGUUUUGAUAAUCACCCGAAAGCUGGUCAAAGAGAAAAUGAUAUUCGAAAGAAUUGUACCGAAGAUCAUCGAAACCCGUGAAAUCGUCGACAGAAAGGAAGUGAAAGAGUUGAUAGAAGAAGGACCAAAGGAACAGUUGGGUGAUGUCGAUGGCGAUGACGACGGAGCCGGUCUUGAAGGUGACGGCGUUGAGGAUGUCUACGAGUGCGACACCGGUGCUGUUCAACCGCCAUCCAACUACAAUCAGCCCCCGCCAGCUAUUGGACCUCCCGAUGCUCCCGUUCAGCCAAGAAGUCUUUCCCCAGAUCCCGGUUGCGAUAACCAGCAAAACCAAUACUAUAGCCAAUAUGGAGAUCCUGCAAAGGUAGCUGCUCAGCCAGCACAACAACCACCACCAGGUGCCAAAAAUGGUAAAGGAGCAGCGGCAGCGGCACCAGUAGCGGACAGUGGGGCGUCGGCGUCCACCACCGAAGAGUCCGCUGCUUCGUCAGCAGCUGAAGAGUCCAGUCCUUCGUCAGCAGCCGAGGAGUCCACUGCUUCGACAGCAGCUGAAGAGUCACCGGAGGACAAACCUCUAAAGGCUCAAGCGCCGGCAGCUAAAGCAAAGAUAACUAAACCACCGAAAGGCAAAAAGGGUUGAUUGUGUUGUUUAGUAGUGUUUUGAUUAAAUGUAAUGAUAGUACAUAAUAAUAAUAAUAAUAAUAAUAAUAA